AUGGCUCUUUCCCACUUUGAAGAAUCCGCUCAAACAGGUAACGAAUAUGGUCAAUUAUUCGCCGGUCUCCUGCACGCUGUGGGGUUUGGUGAUACUGAACAAAACCGAGUGAAAUCAUUUACCUACUUUCAACAAGCUGCUACGCAAUGGAAGAACCCCAUCGCUCUUUACGCCAUGGGUAUGCAAUACCUCACCGGUCGUGGUGUCCCACACGACCCUCAACUCGCACUCAAUACAUUAACCUUAGCUGCAGAGAGCGGUUGGACCGAAGCCAAACUUCAAUUAGGUCAUGAAUAUCAUCACGGACGUCACGGUAUUCCCGCAGAUACCGCUCUGUCUCUUUACUGGUACAUGAGAGUCAUUGACCAAAAUCACACAUGCAAUCGAAACUCCCUGUUUCUCUUCGGUAACAUCGAUAUUCGUAUCGACUUUGAGCUCCAUGAAGAUACCAUCCAACUCGCUCAGCCCAUACGUUCGAUGUACCGUGAAUCACCUCUUCAUUUACACGACGAAUUCGAUCCUUCUUCUCACCUGUAUUACUGGGACACCAUGUGUAAUGAUCCUUCUGUAGCACUCACACAGAGUCAUGUCGGUAUCGGCCUAGUCAAUUUAGCCACAGGAACCGAUCUUCAUAUCUGUUUGGAGAACUGGAAAUUUGCUUUAAAAGGUGUCAGUCCCAUUGCCAGUUAUUACUUGGGCGUGCUAUAUAAAAGAGGGUUAGGCGUCCCCAUUGAUUAUCUAGCUGCAGCCAGGUUUUUCAAACAGGCUUCGGAUUGGGGUUACGAUCUCGCUUUGUAUGAACUAGGUUACGUGUAUCAUAAAGGAGGCCAUGGCUUAGGCUUCGAUAAUGACAAGGCGUUCCAAACAUUUGUUGAGUAUGUCCAAUUAAAAAAAGACCAGGUGAAUAUCAAGACGUACUAUUAUAUGGCUUGUAUUUGUGAGGAUGGAAGUGCGAGAGUGCCAUGCGAUUACAAAAAGGCCUUGCUGUUUUACAAGAAGGCCUAUAAAAUGGGAUACGGUGGAGCGGCAGAUGCUAUAGGUCGCAUGUACAAGUUUGGCCUAGGUAUGCCAGCACCCAACAUGGACAAGGCGCAUGAAUGGUAUUCAAAAGCACUCGCAUUGGGAUUUGAGGAGGCGCACCAAGGAUUAGGACAGUUGUAUCUUGAUGGCUAUGUCAAGGGACCGGAUGGUUUACAGUUAGCUUUAAAGCAUUUUAUGACUGCCUUUGAAACAGGCUAUGAACCAGCGGGGGCUAUGAUUCAGUAUAUCAAUGACAGGCUACAAACUCAAGGGAUCAAUUUUUACUAG